AUGUCCUACGCCGACGUCGCAAAGGAGAACGCUCCCGCUGGGGGUGACCAGCCCCAGAACUGGGAGAACGAGGUCAAGAAGGACGUCAACGAGGGCCUCGACAGGGCCGAGAAGGCCGGCAAGGAGUUUGGCAAGAAGGCUCGCCACGAGCUCGACGAGGCUGAGACUGCCAUCGCUGCCGCCUGGCAGAAGACCAAGGAGGUGAUCCUCCGCCCAUCCACCCUCGGCGGUCUCGUCGGCGUCGUCAACGUCGGUCUCCUCGGCGGUCUCGGCUACGUUGCCUACCAGGAGCGCAACCGCCCUUGGGACCAGAAGGUCGUCGCCAGCACCAUCGGUGGCCUCUUUGCUCUCUUUGCUACCGAGGGCUACGUCACUGACUCGUACCUCCAUACCCCCGAGGGCAAGGCCGAGGCUGAGCGUGCCAAGAAGGAGGGCUCCAAGGCCUACCUGCACGCCAAGGAGGUCAUCCUGCGCCCCAACGUCGCGGGUGGUCUCGCCGGUAUCUUCAACCUCGCUGUCAUCGGUGGUGUCAGCUUCGUCGCCUACAGGCACUGGAACGAAGUGUGGGACCGCAAGAUCGUCGCCGGUGUCACCGCUGGCCUCCUCGCCCUCACCGGCAUUGAGGGUGCCCUCGGCAAGGAGUACGUGGACAAGGAGCUCCCCAAGCAGAAGUAG